UCUUUGAAAUCACAGUUUUGUCUACACAAAUAACUUGAUUGUGCUAAUGCUUCGGAAACUCUGAUUCUCUUUUUCCAUGUAGUCGGAAUGCUCGAAGCCUCCACAUCGUACCAACGAGCAUACUCAAGAGCCUCUUCAUCAGGGAUGAUUGUACCCACCUUGUUCGGCGACUGCUCGGCUGUGUAUGAUGUCUGGGCCGAGACAGCUCAGGACGCAUUUGUAGAUAUUACCGCACUUCUGCAUAGAGAUUCUGAAGUGGACUACAUGAUCGGGAUUGAUUCAGAGUUUGCAAUUCACGACGGCGUGGUCUCUCUGGGUAGGGAGCCACCAUCAGCCAACGUACACUACGAAGAGUUAUGCAAGAUGGUCAAUGGUGGCAAUCUGGUCCAAGUUGGUUCUGCCGUCGCGGAUGCAAAUUUCAAUGCACUCUGA